CCCUGCUGCAGCCGCCGCGCUGGCUUCAGUCAAUAGCAGAAGCCGCGGUGGUUGCUCGUGGUUUUGGGUGCGGGCGGGCCGGCCGCUCGCUCGCUCGCUUCCCGCGGGGCUGAGCCUUGGAGGAUCCCCGCAGCCCUAGAACAACCAUGCUGCCGCCGGCGCUGACCCUGCUGCUGCUCCUCGGCUGCCUGGCGGCGGGCAGCGGGACCCUCUCGCAGGAUGGCACACCAGCUGGAGAGACAAUCCCUGCUGGCCUGACAAGCAAAGCAACAGAGGAGCUUGCAGAAAUUUAUCAGGGAGCAAGCACAAGUGCAGCAGCAGUUGCUUCAGACACUGAGAGCCAGCCCACAACAUCCGAUGAGACAGUGGUGGCAGGUGGCACCGUGGUGCUGAAGUGCAAGGUGGAGGAUCCCGACGACUCCUCACUGCAGUGGUCCAACCCAGCCCAGCAGACGCUGUACUUUGGGGAGAAACGAGCGCUCCGGGAUAACAGGAUCCAGCUGGUGAAGUCCACACCCAACGAGCUGGCCAUCAGCAUCAGCAACGUGGUGCUGGCAGAUGAGGGCGAGUAUACCUGCUCCAUCUUCACCAUGCCUGUGCGGACGGCCAAGGCCCUCGUCACCGUGCUGGGAAUCCCCCAGAACCCUCAAAUCUUUGGCUACGAGCUGCCCAUCCGAGAGACAGAGACGGCCCAGCUGACGUGUAGAUCCUCUGGCAGCAAGCCAGCUGCCCAGCUCCGCUGGAAGAAAGGCAACAAGGAGCUGCAGGGUGGGGCCCCCGAGGUGAUGGAAGACUCCAAUGGGAAAACCUUCACCGUCACCAGCCAUGUUGAGUUCACCGUCACCAAAGACGACAACGACGUGGAGGUGACCUGCACAGUGGAUCAUGAGUCCCUGCAGAACUCAGAGAGAUCCACCAGCCAGAAACUGCAGGUCCACUUUAAGCCAACGGCAACGAUCGAGCCGGACCCCCCCUACCCCCGGGAGGGCGAGGAGCUGCGGCUGCAGUGUGAAGCCCAGGGCAAUCCGAUCCCCCAGGAGUUCCUGUGGACGAAGGAGGGCAGUGAUGUCCCCCUGAAUCUAAACACCAACCGAGUCCUCACCCUCCCCUUCCUCAACAAGAGCGACAGCGGCACUUACAUCUGCAUGGCCACCAGCACCAUGGGCAGCGUCGUAGUGAGGUACAACUUGGACAUCAAUGAUUUUUCCCAGCUCCCCACCCCACAUGUUCACUCCACUCCAGCCCCUUCGUCAGGCCCUUCCCAGUUCACCACUCAUGUUACCAUGGCUACUGCUUCAUCCUUCACUCCAGUUGCUGUCCAAGACGCCAGCCCGAUGUCUUCCUCCUCUGGCACAUACCAUGCUGUGAUUGGUGGAGUGGUCGCAGUCAUCGUCUUUCUGCUGCUCAGCCUGCUCAUCGUCCUGGCACACUACCUAAUCAGGCACAAAGGUACCUACCUGACUCACGAGGCCAAGGGAUCAGACGAUGCCCCGGAUGCUGACACUGCCAUCAUCAAUGCGGAGGGAGGCCAGGCCAGCGGCGAUGACAAAAAGGAAUAUUUCAUCUAGGGGUGCAGAGUGGAGAAAAGAGAAAUGGAGCCAACAAACCCAGAUGGAAAUGGAAACCGGACCACAAACCCCACUCAACCCAACAGAUUUUCUCUCGUGCCCUGGAUGGAUGGACGAACAGAGGGAUGGCGGGACAGAGACCAGAGAGUGACCGGCUUGACUCAUGAUGCUUCUUCUCGAACUUGUAUAAAACGUUAUUACUAAAAACAUUGAAAGCCCCACCCCCGUUCGCUUGCUUGUACCUUCAUACCCGCGACCGACACUCGCACUAAACACACAGACAAGCCAGUGAUUGCCAAGAGGCCUCCCCCAUCCCCCACAUACCAGUGUCCUGGAAGGAGUGGCAGCCCAGUCCCAUCAGAAUUCACCAGUCAGAACACACAUCUGGGGAUUCCGGUUAUGAACAUGUCCUGUCAUUCUAACAUCAUCUUGGUUUGUUGCCAGAGCAAUUCUGGGACCUGUCCAAUAUAUUUUGACAACCCAUGGUGAGUUCUUGUCACUAAAGAAAUCCACUCCUAUCAGUCUCUUUGUCUCCAAUUUAUUUAUAAACUGCUUUAUAGAACAGGUUAAACUAAAUUUUAGUUCCCUUUCUUCAAUGAAAGUGACAGUACACCAUCACUCGAGUGUCCAGGAGUGACAGGGUACCCUGUAUCUUAUGGGUGCAGGAAUGACAGAAUACACUAUGGCUCAAGUAUGCGGGAGUGAUGGGAUACACUGUGUCUCGUGUGCGGGAGUGAUGGGAUACACUGUGUCUCGUGUGCGGGAGUGAUGGGAUACACUGUGUCUCGUGUGCGGGAGUGAUGGGAUACACUAUCUUGUGUGUACAGGAGUGAUGGGAUACAUAGUGUCUUGUGUGUGAGGGAGUGACAGGAUAUAUCAUGUCUCAUGUGUGCAGGAGUGACAGGACACACCAUGUCUCGAGUGUGCGGGAAUGAUGGGAUACACCCUGUCUCAUGUGCAGGAGUGAUAGUAUACACCAUAUCUUGUGUGCAGGAGUGAGAGGAUACACCAUGUCCUCAAUGUGGAGGAAUGAUUAAAUUCACCAGGCCUAGUAAACGGAUUUCAUGGGAAGUCUCCCAGGCAGGUGACUCUUGCUGGGGAUAGAGUAUCCCUGUCUACACUGGCUUCCCUGGACUGAGGGGUCUGCAGUUAGAGUGACUCGCAGAAAUAGACCUUACUGAUAGUGACUCUGCUUGAGGGACUGAUCAUCAUGAUGCCAUAUUCCUGCCACCUGUCACCUGGUGAGAUGGAGGCUCAGUUAGUGAUUCCCCCAGAGAGAGGCAUCCCCUGCCAGUGACUCCCCCGGUUCCUAGGAUUCUCCUGAAAGAGAGUCAGCAUCGCUGAUCAGUGACCCCACAAAGUCAUAGUGACAGAGUUUAAGGCCAGAAGGGCCCACCAGAUCAUCUGAUUUGACCUCCUUUAUGUCCCAGGCCACCAACCCCACCCAGCCCCCGCACACUAACCAACAACUGCAAUGAGACCAAUGUAUUCCAGCCCCCAGGAGAGGAGAGUGUUACGUACCACAGACAGAGAAAAGGAAGGACUGAGGCCCCUGCAAUGGCAGGGAAAUGACUAAGUGAGAAAUACCCAGAUAAUCCCAGCACCCACACUGCCAAGGAAGGCAAAAAGCCCCAAGGUCACCGCCAAUCUGACCUGGGGGGAAAUACCUGCCUGACCUCACCUAUGGCGAUCAGUUAGACUCUGAACAUGUAAACAAGAACCAGCCAGCCAAGCACCUGAGAGAGAGAAUGCUCAGUGCCCUGGCCCUCCCUGCCCAACAUCCCAUCUCCAGCCAGGCCCACCCCAAUGCUUCAGAAGAAGGAGAGUCAAGCAAUGCAAAAAAAACUCCACAGAAUAACACUGUGGGGAUCCCACCCUGACUUCUUCAGGUGGCUGGCUGAAGCCCUGAAGCAUGAGCUUUUAGCACCAUAAGACAUAAACCAGAAGGGACCCCCCCAGGGCUGCCAAGCCCUGCACCCCCCCCACUACCACAAGCAACCCCAUCACACAAUCACACUCAUUGCUUUAUACAGUUCUCUCUUGAGACUAAUUGAGUUGUUUGCCCCCACAACUUGUAUGGGGAGGGGUUCUAGAGCCUCACCCCUCUGAUAAUUUCCAGACUGAAUUUGUUCAUGGCCAGUUUAUAUCCAUUUGUCCUUGUGCCAACACUGUCCUUUAGCUUAAAGAGCUCUUCCCCUUUCCUGGUACUUAUCCCCUGGGUGGAUUUAGAGAGAGCAAUCAUAGCCCUUCUCGGCUUCUUUGUGCUAAUCUACACAAGGCAAGCUCUUCCAGUUUCCUCUCCUAAGACUCCUUCAUUCCCAUGACCAUCCUAGGAGCUCUUCUCUGCACCUGUUCCAGGUUGAAUUCACCUUUCUUGACCAUGGGUGACCAGAAUUGCACAGUGUUCCAAAGGAGGGCUUACCAGUGCCUUGUGCAGUGGCAUUAAUACUUCCCGAUCUCUACUGGAAAUGCCUCACCUGAUACAGCCUAGGAUCACAUUUGCCUUUUUCACAGCUGCAUCCGUUAGUGGCUCAUAGUCAUCCAGUGAUCAGCCCACACACCCAAGUCUGUGUCCUCCUCUGUUGCUUUUAACUGACGAGCCCCCAGCUUGCAGCAGAAAUUCUUAUUAUUAGACCCUAAGUGCAUGGCCUUGCAUUUUGUACUAUUCCAUUUCAUCCCAUUCCCGUCACUCACAUCUUCAAGGCCAUCCAGAUCUUCCUGUAUAAUAUUCCAACCCGCCUCAGUAUUUACACUGCCUCCCAAAUUUUAUAUCAUCAGCAAAUUUCAUUAGCACACUCCUACUUUUUGAGCCUAAGUCUCAAUAAUAAAAGUAUUGAAUAAGAUUCGUCCCAAGACUUAUCCUUGAGACACUCCACUAGUCACCUCUCUCCAGUCCAAUACUUCACCUUUCAGCAAAACCCAUUGCCUUCUCCCCUUUAGCCAGUUUCUUAUCCAUCUUACAAUGCUUGUGCUGAUCCCCAUCUUCCCCAAUUUAACUAAUACUGUCCUACGUGGUACCAUGUCAACUGCUUUACCGAAGGUCAAGGAUAUCAGAUGUACAGCACUUAUCUUAUCUAAGAAAAUCACUUAUUUUCUCAAAGGCAAAAAUCAAGUUAGUCUGGCAUGAUCCACCUUUCAGAAACCCGUACUGCAUUCCAUCCCCUCCAUCUUUUACCUCCAUGAAGUUAAUUAUUCUUUCCUUCACAAUUUGUUCUAAAGCCUUGCAUACUACUGAGGUCACACUAAAAGGUCUGUAAUUGCCCUGCUCACUUUUUUUCCCUUUCUUAAACAUAGGUGUUCUCCAGUCACAUGGUACUGCCCCCAAACAGCUAGAUUUAUUCAAAAUCCUUGCUUCUAGACUAGCAAUCUCAUGUGCCAGUUCUUUCAGUAUUCUGGGGUGGGAAUUAUCCAGGGCCCCUAAUAUGAGCACAUUAAGCUGGUUAAGUUUUAUUCCACCACAGUUGUGGUAAUUUCCAUUUCUAGAUAUGCAUUUCCAUCUGACUUCAUGCACGUGUUCCCUAUUAUCAUCCUGAUUGAAAAUGAAGGCAAAGUACUCAUUUAGUUUUUGGGCCAUAUCUCGAUUACCUGUAAUUUCUUUCCCAGGCACACUGCACAGAAGCCCAACCUCAUCCUUCCUUAGUCUCUUUAUUUAUAGAACUAAAAAAAAUCUCUUAUUAUUUAUUUUAAUUUCCUUGGCAAGAGCUACUUCAGCUUGACUUUUAGCAAUUCUCUUUAGUCCUACAUUUUCUAACCUCUGUGAGGUAGAUUUCUUUGCUGAUCUAGCUCUUUGUCCAUUCCCUAUAGGCUCUCUGCUUACUCCUCCUAACCUUUUUGAGGUGGUUAUUCAUCCAGCUGGGGCUGGAGCCUUUCCCUACAACUUUUCUCCCUUUGCUUGGGAUGCAAAUUGCAGCUCAUUUUUGUACAGUUAAUUUGGAGAAAUUCCAAACCUGUGAAUUGAAGUGCUUGAGCUUGUCAGUCCAGUCUCUGAUUCCCUAGAAUUUCCUAGAAUCUGCCCUUUGGAAAUCAAAUCCCAUAGCUGAGGACCUGGUUGAUCCUUCCAUUUAAUUUAAAUUGAAUCAACAUGUGAUCACUCAAUCCAAGGUUAUGUCCUACAACUGGCUCGUCUAUGGUAUCCUCACUGCUUACCAAAACCAGGUCUGAAAUUGCAUCAUCUCGUGGUGGUUCAGUGACAGUUUUAUGAAGAAAUCUCUCAUAUAUCACAUCCAGGAAUAGCUGGGCCCUAGCAGUAUUAGUAACAUUUAUUCACCAAUCUAUACCUGGGAAGUUAAAGUCUUUCAUAAUGACACAGUGAAGAGAGGGGGGAAGGAUAACUCAGUGGCUUGAGCAUUGCCCUACUAAACCCAGGGUUGUGAGUUCAAUCCUUGAGGGGGCCACUUAGAGAUCUGGGGCAAAAUCAGUACUUGGUUCCGCUAGUGAAGGCAGGGGGCUGGACUUGAUGAAAGGUCGAGUCCAGAACUUACCUUCCAGUUCUAUAAGAUAGGUAAAUCUCCAUAUAUAGAGUGGGGUCUCCAGGUCAUGACCCCACAGAGACAGUGGGGAUCUCCCUAGAGCAGGGGUGGGCAAACUACAGUCCAGGGGCCCGAUCCAGCCCCUCAGGGCUUUGGAUCUGGCUCAUGGAAUUGCCGACGCUGUGGGCCCUGCACUGCUCCCAGAAGCGGCUGGCACCACUUCCCUGUGGCCCCUGGUGGUGGUGGUGGGCAGAGGGCUUGGUGCACUGCCCUUGUCUCCAGGCACCAGCCCCCGCAGCUCCCAUUGGCCGGGAAUGGGGAACUGCAGCCAAUGGGAGCUUCAGGGGAGGUACCCACAGGCAAGGGCAACAUGCGGAGCUCUCUGACGUGGUGCUGGCCACUUCCAGGAGUGGCGUGGUGCAGGGCCAGGGCAGGGUGUGCACUGCUGCCACCCCGGAGCCGCUCCAGUUAAGUGGUGCUGGGACAGAGCCCAAACCCCUCCUGCACCCCAACUCCCUUCCCUGGCCCUGCAUGCAUUUUCCUCACCCAGAUGUGGCACUGAACAAUCAACAUCAAAAGCCCUUUUGCAUCUGCCCGGCCCUCCAACUGCCCAGCUCCUUGCUGCUAAGUCCUGGGCAGCCCCGCCUGGAGCAAAAGUCACCAUUACCCCUUUAGGUGCCCUGGGCAAUGUGAGCAGGUUGGUGGCACAGGGAGGUUUGGGGGAAGCCAGCAACAGCCAGGGGCCUAGGGAGACAGGGGGGAUUAAGUAUGGCAGGGAGUUGGGGUGCUAGGGGAAGAGGCACCAUGAGUGGCAGGCUAGGGGUGGGGUGCUGAAGGUUGUUACGGGCAGUGGGACCCCACUGGGGGAGCUAUGGGCAGCCUCCCACCCCGCUUUGUACCCAUCCCCCAUUCUGUGCCCCCAGCCCCUCUCCUGUUGCCCUAACAGCUGCCUCCUCCCGGACUCCCACUGCCAGCAGGGGGAAGGGUGGCAGGAGGCUGCUGCAGUGGCCAUUGUAGCCAGGAGGGGGAGCUGCAGGCCACACUUGCUGGAUGCCUGAGAACCCCUGUGGGCGAUGCCAUCAAAUGCCAUGUGCCAUGUCAAAUGCUGGAUCACCUCCCCUGGCCUCCCCCAGCCAGGGCCUCCCCUGGGUACCUCCAGAUCAGCCAGCCAGGGCCUCCCCUGGGUCCCUUCAGCCCAGCCAGGGCCUCCCCUCAGUCCCCCAGCCCAGUCAGCCAGGGCCUUCCCUGAGUUCCCCCAGCCCAGCCAGCCAGGACCUCCUCUGGGCCUCUCCAAUCUAGCCAGCCAGGGCCUCCCCUGAGUACCCCCAUCCCCACCAGCCAGGGCUUCCCCUGAGUCCCCCCAGCUCAGUCAGCCAGGGCCUCUUCUAGGCCCCUCCAAUCUGGCCAGCCAGAGCCUCCCCUGGGUCCCCCCAGCCCAGCCAGCCAGGGCCUCUCCUGGGUCAGACUCCCCCAGAGGCCAGAGCAGUCCAUUCCUUGCUCUGCUAUUGGUGAGUCCCCCAGAAAGCAAGUGUGAAUCCCCACCCUGACCUGGCCUGUCACUGAGCGCGAGGGCCGGCGGUACGUGAGAAUGGGACAGCUCUGUCCCCACAGCAGCCCAGUAACUGGUGGGGUCUGUGUUAAGGUGACUGGGUGGAAUACGCUGCAGCAGGUGCAGAAGUUCGGGUCUGACACCUGGGCUGGGACACGCCUGGAGCCAGAGCAGCUGCAGAACCAGUCACAUUCCUUAUGCUCCACAGGGGAGCCUUCAGUGGCCUCUCUGGGUCAAAGUGAGUUCAUGGGGAAGGCCUCAGAGACCAAACCUGCCAGUGCAGGGGUGAGGGACUGAUGGGGCCAUUCCCAGGUCUCAGGGCAGCAGGAGCUGCUGGGGGUGGUGAAGCAGGAAGGUGUGGUACUAGCACCUGCAGUGGGUGUGGAGGGUGAAUUCCCGGGCCAGGAUGUAAGUGGGAUGUCUGGACAAUCCCCACCUUUCUCUGGCUAGUUUUCCUGCACAGCCUGGUGCACAGCCACCAGGGCUGGUAGCAGCCAUGCACAGCAAUGAGGCACGACCCAUCGCACGAUCUCUGGGGUGGCAGCGGCACAUGAGCUCAGCUGCUUCCAGCUCUGCAGCCGACCCGCCAUACGCUCUGCUACAGAAAUGAGCAGCCAGUCAGAAAGUUUCCUUCCAUGAGAGGCCUGCAGUGAGGGUGGGCGAGUGACAGUCGGGGAAACGUGGUAGCCAAAGGAGGCCACUUUGCGCUGCAGCUCCUGGCCCCACAGCUACUUCCUCACUGGAACCCCUGGCUGUGACCCGCAAUGAGCUCCAAGCAACCAACUCUCCUGGCCAAAGCCACGGUGCCACAGGCAAGGGGGCCCUGCAUUCCACAGCGCCCCCCUGGGUUUGUGCCCUCAGGUGAGGGAGGCUGGGAGCUCGCCAGGUGCAGCUGCCACUAGCUUCCCACUAUGAGCCUGAUCCCCCCCCUCCCGCCCCUCCAAACAACCAGCCUUCCCCCAGGGUGCUGCACCCUGGAGCUGACAGAGCCCAUCUCAGCCCAGGGUGCAGUCUGGGGCCUGCAGACGCUAAGGGGGGUUUGUUCUGUGGCCUUGCUGGGGAGAGAGGCCUUCAGCAGCUUGGGAGGCAUUAGUGGGGCAAUCAGCAGGGGACACACACUCAUGUAGGCGAGGGACAGGUUAACUUGGGGCUCCUGGGAGCAGGGGUUUCUAUACCAGGCCCAGGACAGCUGGGGCAGAGCUCUGAGGGGAUGAGGCCGGAUCCUCCUUGCCAUGGCCCAGAAAUGAAGCACUGGGGCCUGGCCAUUGGUCUGGCUUUAGGCUGGUGGGGUUUGGACAGGGCUGAGGAAAGCCCCAGUCCCAACCCCCUGCACGCUGGGCCGGCAGGGGAUGUUCUGAGCAGAGCAGGGCACAUCCUGAACAUGGCAGGGGGCAGGACUUUGUUCCCCUUUGUGGUUCCCUGUGGCCUUAGCCAAGGCGCCCUCCAGCUCAGCUGGCUCCAUAUCUACACCAAGCAAUGCAUGAAACCCUUUGUAAAGGGAGCUGCUGCUGCCUCUGGGCAUGGAGUGGGCAGGACAGCAAAGAGGUGGCGUGGCAUGGUGGGAACACAGGCUGGGGCAGGAGGUGGGAUGGCAGGAGCUGUGCUGCCUGUUCUUAGCAUGCGGGCCUGAAGGAGGAGAGGGUGUAGGACAGGAGGGUGGCAGGAGAUGAGGGCUUAGGGAAGUCCAUUGUAUAGUGGGAGGGAGGGAAGGCCACUUGCAAAGGUUGUGCCCAGGUUGGAAAGAGCCUGGGGUAAAGUGGAUGUACAUCCAAAAUAAUGGUCAGUUCCCAGGGGAACAUUGCUCCAGUUUUUGCAUGUCCCAGGGCCUGUCCUUCGCAAUAACCUCCUGUCACUGACCCCUGUAUCCCAGCACGUACCCCCGGGCAGCCUGGGAGGCUGAGCUCUGCUGCCCCAGUGCCCGUACUCUUGCCAUCUGCACAGCUGGCUUUACCUUAGGUACAGGCUCCUGGGAAGAGGCAGUGAGAUCAGCAGGGUCCACAGGUGAGAGGUGGGGGCUCUCCCAACAGCAGCUGCUCCAGGUUGAAGCGAGGCAAGGGGCUCUCCUGUGCAAACCAACCGGGGACUCCAGUGGCUCCAUUUCCACAUUGACCCCAGGAACUCGCCUGAGCCCAGCUCCUGCAGAAACGAGCAACGAACCCAGCAAUGUGAGGAGCAGGUUGGAAGCCAAGAGGAUUGGAGGGCAGUGGGCAUGACUGCCCAGGACUGGAUUCAUCAUUGGUCUGCCCAGUGCUGGGGGGAGCAUUGGCCCAUGCAGGUUCUGACUUGAGGACAGGGUGGAUGACAGCAGCAUGGCCCUUUUCCACAUUGCAUGCCAGGCUGUAUCUGCGCUUAGUGCCCACAGUGCCUCGUGUGGCCGGGGGGAGGAGAUUCCUGCGUUGCUGACUUUGGCAGCUGGCCCCCCCUUCGGAACAGGCUCUGUGUUCAUCCCAGCUGGCGCUGAACUCUCAAUAUUACCGGAAAGCCAUAUUUGUACCAUGCUCAGAACACUUGGUUUGGGUGAGCAGUGGGGCAGGGUGGAGGGCGGCCGUUGAGUGUUGUGCUGUGUUCUUGUAUGUACAUAAAGGGGAUACAACCAACGUCAGUGUUACUUUAUAACCUUUCUAAUAUCCUGUGCUAAUCUCAGAAAAUAGUCCUAUUAAUAUAUCUGGAUUGUACAUGU